UUUUCUCUAUGAUGCUUUGUAACUGAAUUUCGCAAAUUAGUUUCUUUUUAAUUUAAUCUACUCAUUUUUAUUGCUUGAACAUGUUAUAAGAGAAGUUAUGCAUUUCAUUUGGAAAGUUUUUAGCUUCCUUUUGUUUGUAUCAGUCGAGCCACAUCAUGAGUAUCAUAGUAUUUCAUUUGAAUGAGAGGGCAACGUCGGCUUAGCUGUAGUUUGCAGCAACAGCAAAAACAAACGCGAGUGGCGGCGAAGGUUGAUCGGUUUUCCACUGCAGUGCGGACGCGGAUCUUGUCAAUUGUAGGUUACUGCGAAUUUCAGAAUUUUUCGAAUGUGAAAUCACUGCAAAAACAAAUUGGUGAUGGCAGAGCCAGAAACAACAAAUGGAACUCCCAAUUCAUCGACACUACCGCGCAGUGCGAGAAGGUGUCGAAUCCCUCGGUUGAACCGUUCCACUUCUGCUAGACUGAAAGGGGACCUCUUAGACUCCAUAAAAUGCGAGAAUCGUCCCAAGUCCAUGACUCUGUCCUCUCCUAGGGAUUAUCCAUGGCAGUUAGAAGGCCGCUAUGGAGAUAUGGGGUCCGUGGCAUCUAUGCCCUUUUCCAUUGACGACGAUAGUUCCGUGAAGAGCUUUGGGAGCUUUGUAAGCUACACUUCAUUUGCUAGUCAGAGCCAAGGCACAGAGGCGUCUUUGUCGCGGCCCAUCAGCCGGUCGCAUUAUGGGAAGAAGUAUAUCCUGCAUUGUGAUCGACACCUAGCAAAACAGGAAGAAUAUUUGACACCGACGCAGAGGAAAGACAAAGAAAUACGUCAAUUAAAGUCAGCGCUCAUGAAACAGACGAAACGAUGUGAAGAGAAAGAAAUGGAGAUUGAGACUCUAAAAGCCGAAAUGCAGAGACUUCAAGAUACUAUCGCUGAAUUACGAGAUGGAAAACACAAUCUGAUGAAUUCCUCUCAAGAAAGUGACCACUUAGACAGUAUGAAUACAAAAAAUUCAGCCUCUGAAAUUAGUUUUGAAAGUAAUGAUACUGAUAGAAGCGAUAUGCAAAAUACUGUAACUAUGAACAAUGAUGACAGUGGAGUAUCGAAUGUUUUAUCAAUGAGUCCAAGAAAUAGUUCCGAAUUCGAUGAUCUCGAUCGCCAUCACAGUAAAGUUACAACAGCUGAUAAAGCUGUGUGCACAGAUCUGUCCCUUUUUGACUUUUCUGCUCCUGUAAACAAGACUGAAAUAAAUCACAUAACAACUGUAAACCACUCUCAACGUAAUUUCAGUGAGAGUUCUGUUGCGGAAAACUGUAAGGAUAAUGGCUCGCAACUUGAAAAGCUUGCCGUUGCAGCUUCACCUAGAUUAUCGCAGGAAUUUGAAAGGUUCCUGACUACUUACAAACAAGAGCUAGAACAAUUGAAAGCACAGCACAGAGAACAUUACCAGGAUUUGAAAGAGAGAUUUAAUGAAAGGGUAGAUGAUCUACUUCAAAAGUUAACGGAAGCUAAUUCAAGGUAUUUGGAAUUGAGACCAUUGUUUGACAGAGCCCAAGAUAAGAUCCUGAACAUCGAAAGCCAACUGAGUGAAGUACAAAAAGAUAUUGAAAACCAGGAAGAUUAUCAUAACCAGAUGUACCUCAAGAUGUACAGGAAGGGCCAAGAAGCUGCUAGGUUUGAACAAGCUGAUGAAGCUUUGGAUUUUUCACAGCGCAUGCCUAAACGUGUUUCUGUUCCUGAUCUCUUAAGGCAGCUUCAACAGCUUGAACUGGAGCUGGAUCAGACAAAACAGUUGUAUAGGGAGGCUGCUAGAGGAAUGGGAGACCGACAAGCAGAGUAUACUCUGCGUUUCCUCAAAGAUGCUGUCUUUUAUUUCCUUACCAAGAAGGAUAAAGAGCAUCUAAAGGCCAUCCAGAGUAUUCUGGGGUUCACAGAUGCCGAAAGGAUGGCAGUCGCUAAAGCGAUGAAACACAGGAGGCUAUUCUGUUCACCUUUUAAACUUUAAAAAAGUCACGUCGAGACUACCAUUCCAUUAAGAAGGGCAAAAGAAAUCACAUGGCAGAUGUGUAUUUUCUGUACCAUUUUUUGGCACAGUUAAAUAGUUUAAAAAAUUCAUGUCUGCUGCUUGUGAUAUUUCUAGCAGUCUAGAUUUUACACAGUAAAUUUAACAGAACCAGUCAAGAGGCAUGCUGUUGUAAAAAAAUAUACAAUUUAUUUAGUGAAGAGCUAUCAAAUUGCUAAUGCAGCUAUGUUUGUAAAAUAUAUUUGUAUAUAACUGUAUUUGAAUGCUUACUUUUUUUAACAUUUGAGGAGAAAAAAAUUACAUACCCUCCAUAUAACAAUCUAAAAAUUUAUUACAUUUAACACAGAAGUUGCCUGAGAAAUUCCCAGUUCAUGUAACAUGCUUAUAUUUUAUUAGCUUAAUUAUUUUCUUUAUAGUUUAGACAUUCAAUAAACUUCAAUUAUAGGUAUCAUAUUUUUAAUUUAAAAAAUCUGAUAAAAAUAGCUUAUUUAUCCUAAAUUGGCAGAGGACUUAUUACAAAAGUUUAUUCACCUAUCCAUAAAAAUUUUUAAAAUAGUAUUUUAAUCUCAGAACUUGCUGCAGAAAGUUAUUAACAACUGCCUUAUUUUUCUAAGGCUUUCAAUAUUUAAUAAUUAAAGUUGUGAAUAUCAUGCAAGAGCUUUUUAAAAAAAUCCAGAAAACUUUUAUUGAUAAAGAAGCAUGUCUAAAAAAUGUUGUAUAAGCUUCAAAAUUUGUAAUGUAUUUUGUUAUUAAAAGAAAUUGUAUUUACUACUACUACAAUCUAAAAACCAAAGAAAUCUUUAUCAUAAUACGAUGUAAAGAUUAAAUGUGGAUUCACUAAAAAGGCCCUAUUUUUUACCAUAUUAUUCCUCCUGUAAUUAUGCACCUAUUUGAUUUACUCUCUGAAAGUAUAUAAUUUUAAAAGGAACUGAAAUACAGCAGAUUAUUUAUUAUUAAUUUUCAAAGAGAAUUUCUUUAUAGAUUUACAUUUAUUCAGUAUUACAAGCAGAUAUACAUUAUUUGCUGUUCUUUUAUUAAGCAAGUUAUAUAAUUAUCUUGUAAAAGUAUUAAUUUACAAACUAUAUUUUUGUGAUAUUUUUUACAUGUAUUUCACUUUCUGAAAUGUAUUUUGAAACUUUAUUUUUACAUACAGUAUUAUAAAACAGAUUGCAUUUAAUAUUAUUUUUAUGUAUUUGGGAGUUGUGCUUUUUUGUAUUUUUCUCUUAUUUGUGUUAAACUAUGUAUUUCAACUGAAUAGCAAAUAUAAAUAUGAAAGUACUGGAUAGCAUUUGUUCCUAUGAUCUGUUUAUUCUGUACAUAAUUCAUGUAAUAUGUACAUUCAUUAAAUAUAAUAGAAAUACAGACUGUGCUAUAAGUAUAUGUCUGAUACAUUGAAUACACAAGGCAAACUAGUAAAAUGAUAUGCAUGUAAAACCUGAUCUUCUUGAUUGUAAAAUCUGAAGUUAUUUGUUGUUAUUAAAGAAUUGAGCAAAA